AUGGCGCAGUGGAAAUCAUCCAUCGUCACUUGCGAUCCGCCUCUGGGAUCAGCCACAAUACUGAAGGAGAAAGACGCGACCUUCACCGUGGGUGUGCCGGCUCUGGAAUUGGAGCACGGUGGCGUCAUCAAUGGCGUCUGCAUCUGGCACAACUACGGGGAGACGUGGAGCGAGCUACCUCUACGGGAACACAAGACGCGCCUCGUGAGCUCGGAUCAGCAGGACCGCCGGCUUUUCCGGGGCUCGAUGCCUCGUUUGCCGGAGAAGUCGAAUUUCAGGUUCACGCUGCGGCUCGAGACGGACACCAACCGGACCUUGUGGAUCAAAGACCUCCAGGGUAUCGAGGAUGGGGAGGUGUUCUUCCAGUCUGCCGGGUUUCCAAGCCGAGAUGUCGGUCACUACCUUGAAGGAAUCACCGAGUCGGGCUUCACGGCGUCUAUCGUCGGGCAGAAGGACAAAAUCGCCGACUGCAUGGUCUGGAAUCUCGCGGCGCCCAUCCCACCAGCCCAGGGGCCAGAGUCUGGACGGACUAGCAGAAGGCUGGGUAAGCCGGACUGCGCGCUGUGGUUUGCGACUGUACGGCAUAAUCUGAAUUGGUUUGGUCCCAGACAAGGGGCGGAUUUCAUGCAGCUGGACAAAGAAGCAGUGCUCGUGUCUUUCCUGAGAAGGGACGGCUUCCACGUCGUCCUGCUUCCGGUCUGCGGCCUUGAUAAUUGCAUCACGACACUGGUCACGGAUCACGAGGGUGCCCUGGUUGCCACGUCCAGGAACGAAGAAGAAGAACAUGAUGGCCAGGCUCGCAUGCUCGUGUCUGUCGCGGUAGACUUUGAGCAGGCGUUGAGUAGCGUCAUGGCAGAGGCGAAGCGGAUGGCUUCUUCCAAGCUCCACAACGGGAACGGGCACCAGAAUGGUCAUUCGCAAAAUGGAGGCCCUAAACACUCUUUGACCAAGGUCGCGGCGCCACUCGAUGACUGGAACGAUGGUUUUGCAUAUUGCACAUGGAACAGCCUUGGCCAGGAUCUCAGUCAAGACAAGAUUCUGGGCGCCCUGACUAGACUCUCCGAGAGUGGAGUCAACAUAACCAACUUGAUCAUCGAUGACAAUUGGCAGUCCCUCGACGGCGACAGGUCAGAUGCGUCUCGCCGCCGCUGGGAACGGUUCGAGGCGAACCAGGAAGGGUUUCCACAUGGCCUCAAGGGGCUCAUAUCAGAGAUUCGAAAACAAAACCCGCAUAUUCGCAACAUUGCCAUGUGGCAUGGCAUCUUUGGCUACUGGGGCGGAAUGUCACCCAGCGGUGAGAUAGCCGGCAAAUACAAAAUGCGGAAAAUACAGCUGCGAGACGAGGCAGAAGUUCAGCCAAAAGAUUUCGACUUUUACACGGUUGACGGCAAAGAUGUCUACAGAAUGUACGACGACUUUUACAGCUUCCUUGCCGACUGCGGCGUCAGCGCCGCCAAGGUCGACACCCAGGGCUUUCUCGACUAUCCGGCACAUGCCCAAGACCGGAAGAACCUCAUCAGGCCCUACCAGGACGCCUGGACCGCAGCGGCCGACAAGCACUUUGGCGGCCGUGCCAUUGCCUGCAUGGCCCAAACUCCCCAGUCAAUCUUGCACUCGCUCGUGCAGCAGGGACCCAAAGAGGGCCCCAAGCUCAUGGCGCGCAACUCGGACGACUUUUUCCCCGACGAGGUCGAGUCGCACACGUGGCACGUCUUUUGCAACGCCCACAACGCGCUCCUUAUGCGCCACCUCGGCGUCCUCUUGGACUGGGACAUGUUCCAGACCACGACGCCAAAGUACGCCGCGCUGCACGCCGCGGCCAGGUCCAUGUCCGGCGGUCCGAUAUACAUCACGGACGCGCCGGGCGACCACGACCUGCAACUAAUCAAGCAGAUGACGGCCCAGACGGCGGAUGGGAGGACCAUCGCGCUCCGGUCCGAUGAGGCCGGCAGGACCUUGUGGCCAUAUGGAGGACACGGCGCGCAGAGGCUGCUCCGGGUGCGGAGUGGCCACCAAGACGUGGGCAUGCUAGGUGUCUUCAACGUGUGCAAUCGAGGUAGCCUGCUGGGCGAGCAGGUCAGGCUCGCCGACUUUUUUGAUGGGCAAAAGGCCAGCGAGGGCAAUUUUGUCAUCUCCCGCUUCAGCACGGGUGAGAUGAUAGCACCAGCCGACCAAGAGACGGUGAUUGAGAUCGGGCUGGAAGAGGGUGGCUUUGAGCUAUUCACGGCCUACCCUAUCACGAAGCUUGGCGGACUCGCCGUCGCGACACUGGGACUCGUGGGAAAGAUGGCUUCAGCCGCCGCGUUGUCGCGUGUGAGCUACUCUGAGUAUCUUGGAGACCAUGGACCGGCCGGCGUUGAAAUGUCUGUCUCCUUGAAGGCUCUAGGGACCCUAGGUAUAUUUGCGCGGUCUUCCAAUCUGGAAGACACGCGAACGGUCGCCGUAAAGAGCAUUGUUGCCAUGGACAAGCCCGUCUCCAACCCGCACACGUUUUCUUCCACGGGCAGCCAAGGCGAGAUCAGGCUGGACUUGGAGUCUCUGUCGAUUGAGCUCGGGCUCGACUCUUGCUAUCGGGACGAAUCCACUGUCGAUCUGGCCAUUGUGCUCCAGUUCGAGGAAGACAUUACAAGAUCGGACGGCAGCGUGGUGGAAACCUCCAGCCCAGAGGCAGCAGUUGCGUGGCGCUGGUGGCGUUGUACCAUUCUGUAG